UCAACUACCACUCUUUCCAUCCGAUCAACAUGAAACUCAACGUAGCAUCAAACUUCAUCACCCGUGUGAUGCAGAUAACCACCUAUAAUCCGACAUCAGAACAACACAAACACCAAAUCUUCCAAAUUUUAAGACAGAACGACUACCCUUCAUCGCUGAUCAACAGGAUGAUCAACCACAUUAGCCACAACAAACUCCAAGCACAUUCAAACCAUGAAACAUCAACCACCGAGCAUAAUUCGAACCGUCAACAUUCACCACAAAUGACCAACCAUCACCCACCACCGCCACCAUCGUCCACUGGAACGCCGCCACGAAGUGCAACAUCAACAUCAACAUCUAGCCCACACAUCUCGACCAUUGAAAAUCCGCCAAUCACCAAUCCACAACAAGAUAGUCACCACCAAAUCAGCGAAGUAAAAUAUCGAUCGAUGCCAAACAUCCCACUGCUCACUCGUACCAUCUCCACAAUCCUAAAAAAAGACUACAGUCAGAUAAAAAUAGCAACUCGUAACAUCAAAACAGUAAAAUCCUUGCUAAAACCAGUAAAAGAUCCAAUACUCCAAAGUGAACAACAUAACAUCAUCUAUAGGAUACCAUGCAACAACUGUGACAAUGUUUACAUCGGUAUGACAACCAAUCAUCUAAAAAAACGAAUCAGUGGACAUAAAUCUGACAUCAAUAAGAUUGCCAAUACCCCUACAGAUAGCAAUAUACAUGCAAAAACAGCCCUUAUACAACAUAUUAUAGAUCAUCACCACACAUUUAAUCUUGACAGUACAACAAUAGUAGAUCGUACUCUAAGAUCGUCAGCGCUACCAAUGUUAGAGAUGUGCCACAUACACAACACACCCAAAACUGUAAAUUUCCGUACAGACGUAGAUGGCCUCAAUACAGCUUACGCCGGAAUAUUACACACCAUCAAAAAAGCUAACUCUCUCAGAGAGCUAGCUACCAACAACUCACAGCAUAGUAUCACAGAAACUUUCGAACAGUUAGAACAGUAACAUUACGCCAUCUUCAAAAUAACAGUUGAACAGUGUCUCGUAGAUCAGUGUAGUGCAUGUCAUUGUUAAUAGUGAAAAAGUGUCCCAAAUCCGUUCACCCAAACCAAAUGAAUAUUAUUGUAAGUUUCAUCGUACAUGUCCCGAGUAAUCAAUGUUAACAUACGCAAUAUUUAUAGGAAUACAAGAAGCCCCCCCUUAAACAUAACGGCAAUAAGUUUCGAAACGAAAAACGGUAGACAGUUUUACCCUUGAUAAAGGCCAAAUACAGAGUGCCGAAACGUUGGGCAAAACAAAACUUUCCGUUUUGAUUUCCCUAGACUGAGAAAGCCAUAAA